CUUCACUCAUCCCUUUUAAUUAGAAGGAAGGAAAGAGCAAGAGAUCGAGAAGCAAAGAAAUGGCCUUCAUUUCCACUCAUAUCCCUUGGCUCGUCAUUUUUGGUGUUCUAGGCAACCUUUCCUCGUUUGUGGUUUUUUUGUCUCCAAUACCAACUUUUUAUCGGAUAUGGAGGAAGAAAUCAACCGAGGACUUUCAUUCUAUUCCAUAUUUGACUGCCCUCUUUAGUGCAAUGCUUUGGAUCUACUACGCAUUACUCAAAUCUAGUUCAGAUGCUAUCCUUCUCAUCACUAUCAAUGGCUUAGGUUGCAUCUUCAAGAGCACUUACAUUGCUAUCUAUAUCACUUAUGCCCCAAAGCAAGCGAGGAUAUCUACUUUGAAACUACUUUUUCUGUUCAAUUUUUUGGGAUUUUGCUCGAUGUUUCUUCCUUCGUACUUCUUGGUAAAAGGAUUGCAGCGUGUCCAAAUCGUGGGAUGGAUAUGUAUGAUUUUCUCCCUCAUGGUCUUCGCGGCACCUUUAAGUGUUGUGAGAUUGGUUAUUCGCACCAAAAGUGCAGAGUUCAUGCCAUUUUUUCUAUCAUUUUUCCUCACCCUAAGCGCUUUUAUGUGGCUCUUUUAUGGCCUAUUGCUUAGGGACUGGUAUAUUACGAUUCCAAAUGUCCCUGGGCUCAUACUUGGGUUGCUUCAGAUGGUACUUUAUGUGGUAUACAGGCCCAGAACAGAGCACCCCAACACUGAUAACAAAACCAGCUGUGAUCAAAGCAAUGAGAAUAAGGUAUAGAAAUAAUAUUUGAUCGGAGUGGAAUAAGUAUACAGUCUUUCG